AUGAAGAAUGUGAUUGAAUUGUUUUCAGUUAUGAUGAAUCGUGCUCAAAUGUUAUUAGUACAAGACCCUAAUUACUCAAAGGGCUUCAAAUUUGGACAUGUGUGGAGCAUUCUUCAAGGUAUUGAGAAAUUCAACAGUGACAACGUCAAAGCUGCAUCUACAAGAGUGCAACGACAAACUGCUCAAGCUGAUUAUUCUCAAUCAUAUAAUCUCGAGAAAGAUGUUUAUUCACCUUCAUCUCCACAUGUCUCUUCGUUUAAUCUUAACAUCACUGAUUCAGACAGUGGUGGUACUUCAACUAAACGACCUAUUGGGGUGAAGAAAGCAAAACUGAAGAGAAAGAAUGAACAACAAUUCAGUAAAAUAGUUUCACAUAAUGACGAACUUGUUGCGGCGUUGGAUCGAAGUACCAAUGUUACUAUGUUCAAGGAAGAGAAUAAAAUUUUAUUCAAAGAUUUGAAUAUCAUUGCUGAUUCGAUAAUGCGUGAAUUUAUUCGUGGUGAACAAGUAAGAAUUAUGCAAAAGAGGACUGAAAACCAAAAAUCUCAAUCAACUCCACAUCAAGGAGAAGGAUCUAGGAUCAAUUCGUCUUAA